AUGGCUCAACCUUCUAGCAGUGCGCAUUUCUCCGGAGACAACAACAGCGGGGUGCAGGCUGGGAGUAUCCAUGGGUCUGUUACCAUCAACAACCAUGAAGGACAACGACCUGAAACACCGCCUGAGCCUAGCUGCAAAAUUCCUUUUAAGCGUGAUGAUGAAUUCAUCAAUCGACCAGCAAUAUUCGAUAAAAUCAAAGAAAAACUCGAGGCGCCAGGAUCUCGAGUUGCCCUCGUCGGCAUGGGGGGUGUCGGAAAAUCUCAAAUUGCAAUUCAGUAUGCCUACUGCCUCGAAAACCAACUAUCUGAUACCUGGAUAUUCUGGAUCUAUGCAAGUAACUCCGCACGCUUUCAGGAAAGCCUCGAGGAGAUUGCCCACCGGGGAAAAAUUCCUGGUCGGGACGAUCCGAAGAGAAACACCUUGGGGCUCGUUCGUAACUGGCUUCUUGAUGACAAGAGGAAAUGGGUUGUCAUCCUAGAUAACGCUGAUGACCUCGACUUCCUCAAGGACACGUCAACCGAGGAGGGCACGAACAACAAGAGGUUAGACAAGUAUCUUCCCAAAACACAGAAUGGAUCAAUCUUUGUCACGAGCCGAAGCAGAGAAGCAGCAUUGCAACUCGUAGAUAGGAGGAACAUCAUCAAUGUUCAUCCGAUGGAUGAAACGCAAGCUGUGAGCCUAUUCCGCAAAAAGCUGAACGAAGGAUACGACGAUAAAGUGAUUGCUGAAUUGGCGGCAGAACUUGGAUACCUACCACUUGCAAUUGUCCAGGCUGCGUCCUAUAUAUCCCUUAGAGAGCCACGCUGUUCGGUUCAGGAGUACCUCGAGGACUUUAGGGGGAGGAAUUUGACCAAGAAACUGAAGCUCCUUAGUGACGAUAACGGAGAUCAUCGUCGCGAUGAGGAGGCAGUCAACUCCGUAAGCGCGACGUUCAAGAUAUCGUUUAAUCGUAUCCGGAAAACAAGGCCUUCAGCGGCAGACUUAUUGGCAAUCAUGUGCUUCUUCAACCGGCAGGGAAUUCCCGACUAUGUCCUUCAACCAGAGGGUAUAGAGUGCGAGACAACACCACGAAAGAAAGAGGACAGUAGCACACCAGGGCUGCCUGCUAGAGACGAAUCAUUUGAGAAUGAUAUAAGGACCCUCAUAAGUUACUGUUUUAUCUCCACCGGCGCGAAUCCGAAGGUGUUCGACAUGCACAGGUUGGUGCAACUAGCCGCCCAGGAAUGGCUUGACGAUAACGAGUCGUUUGUAAGUUGGCAAGUAAUAUUAGUUACUCGGCUUUUACGGAGAUUUCUAGAUAUCAAAUACGAGAAUUGGGGCCGUUGCCAGCAGCUCUAUCCCCAUAUGAAAUCGGCGAUCGGCCACAAGCCUCAAGGGGGGGUGCCGCUGCAGUGGUGGGGCCGACUCCUAUAUAGGGCAGCAUUGUAUGUUGUAAAAAGGGGAAACAUGGUUGGCGCGGUGGCGAUGUCGACCAUUGCGCUGGAGGUAAGCAAAGAGGCCUUUGGCGAAGAUGACCCAAUCACGUUGUACUGCAAUGACGCUGUCCAAUUCAUGCAGCCCGACAUGACUCCCGUAACUGGAAACAAUGAAGGGUCAUCCAACGAGGGCGCAUGGCGGUGGUGGACAAGGCUCUACGUGUGGCUCCAGUGGUUGACAUGGCUCUACAUAUGGCCCACGGGGCGACUCGAGAAGGCGGAAAAACGUCAGCUUAAGGUAAUCAAGGCCGUCAAGAAAGUCAACGGCCCCAAGCACCCAGCUACCGUGAGAUAUAUAUCUAACUUGGUAUCAAUAUACCGACUUCAAGGCCAACUAGAUGAGGCCGAACAGUUACAAGAAGCCGCGGUAGAGUCGAGUAAGAAGGCCAACGGUCCUGAGCAUCCAGCUACUCUGUACUAUAUGUCUGGCUUAGUAUUAUUAUAUCAACUUCAAGACCGGCUAGGCCAGGCCAAUCAGUUACAAGGAGCUGUGGUAGAGUCGAGUAAGAGAGUGAAUAGUCCUAAGCACGAAGCUACUCUGUACUAUACGUCCGGCUUAGCAUCAAUAUAUCAACUUCAAGGCCAACUAGACCAGGCCAAACAGCUAAAACAGUUACUAGAAGCUGUCGUAGAGUCGAGCAAGAGGGGAGGUGGUGUGGAUAUCGAUAUCUAUGCCCGCCUUCUUGAUAAGAUCGAGUUACCGUACCUUGAAGAACAGAAAGCUGGGAGUGCGUGCGAGGGUUCGCUCUGA